AGCACUUUUGAUUCGGGUUCCUCCUCCGCUAGACGGCUACCUCCUCUCUCUCUCCCUCCCUCCCUCCCUCUCCUCCCCCCUUCCUCUCUUUGCAAAUGUGAUUGUUUUGUCUGUCACACAGGGCAGAGUGGAAGACUGUUCCUGGCUGGGGUGAGGGAGAGACAGCCAAUAGGUUACAGGAGCCUGCCUCAGCCGGAUGCCGUUCUGGGCUCCUUGUACAGGGAAGCGACCGAGAAGGCUUGGAAGAUCUGGGCUGCUUCUGGACCCCAUGCUGGCCUCACUUGUCCUCUCUCUGCUCUCCGUCCUGGCAGAAGGGGCCAGCCUCCAGCCAAUCAGAACGAACCACUUGGGGAUGUGUCCCAACCAGCUGAACCCCAACCUCUGGGUGGAUGCUCAGAGCACCUGCGAGCGAGAGUGUCAAGCCGACCAGGACUGUGAAGGCUUUGAGAAAUGCUGCACCAACGUCUGUGGUCUGCGGAGCUGCGUGGCUGCGCGUUACGCUGACGGGAGCCUCUCUUCGUCGGAACAGGCGCAGGGAGCCACCUGCGAGAGCUUUGUCUGCACCCAGCAGGGCUCAGACUGCGAUAUUUGGGAUGGGCAGCGUGUCUGUAAGUGCAAGGACAGGUGCGAGAAGGAACCCAGCUUCACCUGUGCCUCGGACGGACUCACCUACUAUAACAAGUGCUACAUGGAUGCCGAGGCCUGCAUCCGGGGCAUCAGUCUGGCCGUGGUGCCUUGCAAGUACAUCUUCACCUGGCCCAAUACCAGCCCGGUGCCAGUGGAGACCACAACUCACCCCACCCCUGGUGCAUCUCCCGAGCUGCCGAUCCCACCGGCUCUCUACAACAAUCCUUUCCACCAGCUGGUCCAUGUGGGUGGCACCGUGAGCUUCCACUGCGAUGUAAGCGGGCGGCCCCGUCCCGACAUCACCUGGGAGAAGCAGAGUGACCACCAGGAGAACUUCAUCAUGCGGCCUGACCAGAUGUACGGCAACAUGGUGGUAACCAACAUCGGCCAGCUGGUCAUCUACAAUGCCCAGCCAGAAGAUGCUGGGAUCUACACUUGUACGGCCAGAAAUGCUGCGGGUCUCCUGCGGGCGGACUUCCCACUCUCAGUCAUCAAGAGGGAGCACUCCAGAGGGGAGCCGAGAGUUUCCAGCACGCAGCAGUUCCCACUCAGCGAGUGCCUGAAGGAGCCUGAUAAACAGGACUGUGAGACCCACCAAACCCGCUGGCAUUUUGACUCCAAGAAAGGCUCCUGUGUUACUUUCCGUUAUGGCGGCUGUGGGGCAAACCAGAACCACUUUGACACAUACGAAGAGUGCCAACUGGCCUGCGUCAGUCACAUGGCCAACCUGUGUGCCCUUCCCAUGGUGCAAGGGCCCUGUAAGCACUGGGAACCUCGCUGGGCCUACAAUCACCUGAUGAAGCAGUGCCAUUCCUUUAUCUAUGGUGGCUGCGAGGGCAACGAGAACAACUUCGACAGCAAGGAGAGCUGUGAGGACCUCUGCCCCUUCCCCAAGACCUCGCUCUGCAAAGCCUGCCGUCUGAAAAGUAAGAUGGUGUUGAGCCUCUGCCGCAGUGAUUUUGCCAUCGUGGGGCGACUGAUGGAGAUCAUUGAGGACCAGGACUCUGGGAUUGCCCGUUUUGCACUGGACGACGUUCUCAAAGAUGAGAAGAUGGGCCUCAAGUUCUUCAACAUCAAAUAUCUGGAAGUCACCUUGACGGACAUGGACUGGAACUGUCCCUGUCCCAACAUGACCACAGAGGAUGGACCCCUCAUCAUCAUGGGUGAAGUCCAUGACGGCAUGGCUGUCCUUGACCCUAACAGCUAUGUCCGGACUGCCAAUGACAAGCGGGUCAAGAAAAUCUACGAGCUGCUUGAGAAGAAGACCUGUGAGUUGCUCAACCGGUUUCAGGACUAGCGUGGGCUCUGGGGAGGGAACGGAGACAGACAAAAAGGCCCCUUCCUGAAGACACAACCAUCCUUAUAUUGUCAUAGAAGCAAAGGCCUGAGUGGGAAGAUGGACAGGGCACAGCAGCUGCCCCUUUCAAUCCACACUGAGUGGCUGCGUUCACACAACAUGCUUAACGUGGUUACUGAAAUAACCCAUUUUCUGAGUUUACAUAAUAUCUUGAUCUACAAACUAAGCAAACAGGUUGGGUUCACACAACACAAAGCAACUAACCCAGCUCAACUUGUACUGAAUGCAGCUACUAGGCUUGUCAGUGACCUGGUUUAGUGUGCUGGGUGAAUAUAGCCCGUGAAGGGAAGACCACAUUUCCCAUCUUCACCCCAGGCCAGCUCUAUGGGCCAGCCUUUCAUUCUUAAAUAUUUUUCUGUUACGAUCAGAAGUUUAUGAUGAUGCUGGCUAUGCUUGUAAUUAUCUACUGUCUGAUUUUGUGUGAGCUGUAAUUUAUCUGCAACCGUAACAUCCCACUGCUC